UUGAGAAGGUCAGCUACAACGCGUAGUGUGCUAGUAAGAGAACGAACAGUCUUUGACCCGACUUUCAUCUCAGAAAAGACGAACAAACACUGCCGGAGCAUCGGAGAAAGUUGUUGUGCUCGUUGGACGGUGAGCAAUGAACCGCAACGUCGGGCGGUCGUGUUGCUCGCACGCGGCGCAAUGAAGGGGGUUCUUCUGGGAAGGCAGCGGGCAUCUCAGACGAGUCUUACGUCAGGACAAGCAAGGAGAGGGUCAUUUUCUACACAUCACUUAAGCACGCCCUUUUCAUUCUGGAAGAGGUGUAUCGUGUGCUAUACAUACUGCCAAGCUGUGACGAGCGUCACGUUGGGGUUCGGCGUGCGCUGAGUUUAAGGGGCUGGCCAGCGCGUGGACAGUGCCAUUUGACAUGAUUUCGUCGAUAAUACGCGCCGCAGUGUUAACUGCGUUGAUUCAUUCCAUUUACUCGGUCGACAUCAAGGGUUUCUGCCAUAACGAGUCGCACGACUGUCCUUGCGGUUCCAGCGGGACAACAGUGAACGUCAAAGUAGACGGAUGCAGCUACGUCCGUCGCUUCGAGUUUCGGUGCCGACCUUGUGACGGGGACAGUUACGACAAGGUCUGUCCAAACUAUGCGCACUGUCAAACGUGUGCGCCAGGCCUCAAAGGGUGCGAAACCUGCCCACCCAGAAAGUAUGGUGUAUGGUGCACUUUGGAUUGCAGGUGCCAGAAUGGAGGAGUAUGCGACAAAGACACAGGCAACUGCCGGUGUCUCCCAGGGUUCUCUGGUGCACUUUGCGAAAUCAGAGAUGGCUGCCCCCCACCAGCUCAUCCGCAAGGUGUCUUAGCUACUAUGGCACCGCCAAACUUACCAAAGAUUAUCCACUACAACUGCCCAACUGGCUUCAAGAGGAUCGGUGCAGGCACCAUCAACUGCCAGAAUGAUGGCUCUUGGAAUGGAGUGCCACCCUAUUGUGAAAGGCAGGUGCCAUGCCCUCCAUUACCCGACGUGGCUCGGAGCGUGGCGCAGGUGCAUGGCGCCGCGACCAGUGCGCGAGAGAUCCAGUACAACGGCACCACUGUGACCUACUCAUGCGCCGACGGAUAUGAAGUCAUUGGCGCAAAGUCGCUGGAGUGUACCCACGAGGGCACUUGGACGGCUUCGCCUCCAUCCUGCCUCAAAGUUUCCGAAACAGAAGUGACAUGCUCAACAAAAGCCAACGAAAUAUUAUCUGAUGACAGCGAUACGGCAGUAAGGGUGCACUGUCCGCCCGGCUGUGGCCUGGUGCCAGGCUCGGUGAUCGGCUCCUACCAAUACCACGUCCUCUCCUCGAUCUGCCGCGCGGCCGUGCACGCUGGCCGAGUGAACAACGCAGGUGGCGCGGUGCAUGUGCGAGCAGCAGGCGCUUACGCCGACUUCGUCUCCUCCACGGCCCACGGUGUCUCUUCAGCCAACUUCUCCUCUCUUGGAGCCAGUUUCAGAUUCGUCACCGUAGACGACUCGCAAUGGAGGAUUCCCGAAGAAGGCUGUCCUCCGAGGUGGACAGAUUCCGGGAGCUUCUGUUUUUACUCUGCUGGAAAAAGCCGUCCUCAAGCACCGGCGCGGAAUUUUUGCAGAAAUCUAGGAAGUCAAGCUAUAAUUCUUCGCGGAGACAACGCUACCAAGGCCCUUGUGGCCGAAUUUAUGGUCGCUAAAGGAAUCGGUGAAACAUGGCUCACAGAGCUGCAAGUCCAAUCGCCAUUCCUGUUGAACCCGGAAACCAGUGGCACCCCUGGGGGCAGCUGCAUGGCUACAAGUGUUGCUAACCCGAGCCAGCCCGAAGUCGUUACAAGGCCUUGUGAUCUUGCUCUUCCCGUCAUUUGCUUUGCGCUUAAGACCUUAAAGCUAGUCCAGUGCGAGGACCCAGGCCCAGUCAAGGGUGGUUCGGCGCUGGUGGAGAAGACUGCUCACGGACGCUUCCUUGAGGGAAGCCGGAUAUCCUACUACUGCAAGGAGCUGCACUACCUCAGUGGAGAGGCAAGGCUCACGUGCACCGCCAACGGUACCUGGAGCGCCCAGAAGCCUCGCUGCAUUCCCGUGGUCACUUGCGGAGAGCCUGAAGUUCCAAGUCACGGUACUAUCCGCGUGCUUCCCCCAAUACGCGGUGGUGAUCCCAGGCGUGGACCGGCACGUGGGCAUGCGCGGGGGUCCGUGCCCAUACGUCUCCAGCGUCCACUCAGCCUCAGCUCCACGGCGUACGAUGGCAAUGAUACGAGGGCGGCCGAGGAAGCCAACCUGGUGCUGCCACCAGGACAUCACCGCGUCGGCUCCCGCGCUGAGUACGCCUGCCAGCCGCAGUACGAGAUGGCUGGCUCCACAGUGCGACGGUGCCUGUCGUCCGGACAAUGGAGUGGUUUGCCGGCCACUUGCAUUCCCGUGUGCGGCCGGUCGGACUCCCCACGCAGUCCGCUCAUCUACAACGGAAAUGCGUCGGACGUGGGCCAGUGGCCGUGGCAGGCGGCGCUGAGUGUGCGAAAUCCUGCGUCCAACGACAGUGCCGCCGAGUGGGUCCUCAACUGCGGCGGCAGCCUGCUCUCGGAGACCUGGGUGGUGACCGCGGCCCACUGCGUCACGUAUGAGGCGUCGCGCGUCGUCAUACCGCGCGAGAUCCUGCGCGUCGCGCUGGGCAAGCACUUCCGCAGCGGUAGCAAAGACGACGCCAAUGUCCAAGUGCGCCAGAUUGCCGAAAUCCACGUAAACUUUGACUACGAUCCCACCACAUACGACAACGACAUCGCGCUGCUGCAACUGGACGAGGCCGUGGAGCUGACCCCUCGCGUGAGGCCCGUCUGCCUGCCCACGGACCGAUCGGCCAGAGUACAUCUGCAGGAAGGAAAACUGGGAGUGGUGACCGGUUGGGGCCUGACAGAGAGUGGCGAUUACGCUGACGUGCUGAGCGAGGCCGUGCUUCCAGUGGUGGCGAACGAGAAGUGCCAAGAGGCGUACGAGCGCGCGGGCGUGCCGCUCACUGUGUCCGAGGCCAUGUUCUGCGCUGGUCACGCCAACGCCACGUCGGACGCCUGCAGUGGUGACUCGGGCGGUCCCAUGGUGUUCCUCGACGACGCGGUCACCACCGAACGGCGCUGGAUCCUCGAAGGCGUCGUCAGUUGGGGGAGCCCGUCCGGGUGUGCCGUGGCUAACCAGUACGGCGGAUACACGAGAGUCUUCGCCUUCCUCCCCUGGAUCAAGCAGUUCGUCUGAGCGCGACAACCUCAUUUCAGUGGGUCCUAGCCAACACCGCGUCAGAGAUGCUGCGUGGGCCACCUCUGAUAUAGCACGGAAACCUGGCUCGCUGCACACGAAAUGGAUGGCCGCCCACUGGUCCCGGACUGACAAAUGACUCGCUCGCUUUUUACCUGCGAUGACCAGUUGACGACCGAACUUCUUGUAUUGUUUUACCUUUGUUUACAAUUUGGCACUACCGCGUAGAAGCGACGGAGCUGAGAUCACUUACACGCAUUUUCCCCAUAGUCUGUUGCUAUUCGUACAAUCAUACGGUGUCUUCCCUCUUCUCGAGUUUUGCUCAAAAGAGAGAUGUGAGAGUGGCGAAUCUCGGUUGAGGAAUUAACCAAAAGUGGCUGAUCGUAAGGCGUUAUUAUAGAAUGAAGGCUACGUAAGCUCGUGGGCACACACUUUCCACAUAGUACACAAGAAAGAUCUGUACGAAGGCCAACGAACCUUGUAGCUUUCAAGUGCCUCAUUUGUUUGAAUGCUACGGAAUGAGUUUUCUGCCACCUCGCACUUAUAAAUUUAAAGCAUUCGCACAAAGUUAAUAGAAGAAUCAAUCGCGCUUGCACAUGCUAAAAAAUAGAAGCUGUUAAUGAGUGCAGCACUGUUCCACAAGAUUUUCAGGCAAAUUAAAAUAAAUACAUGUGAAUUGCUGAGGUCGUUCAAACACCAUUUCUGCACCAUGAAUGUAUUUGUAUAUAAUUUUUAUACAUUUCUUGUUUUGUUUAUUCACCUAAGUAACUUUUGCAACCUAAGUCAUUUUACACCAGGUACAUUUUUGAAUAAAGUGUGAAAAAAAAACAGUCACACCUAUUCCGGAAGGGCAUACAAGUGUCAGUAAUACUUUUAUUUCUUUAUAUCCAUUUCCUAGACUUGCAAAAUAUGAUUAAACACUGGCUGGUGACGCAAUGCAUUCUGUUACAAUGGCAACAGAAAAAACUUCUCUCAAUUGUGCGCGCUGAAGUCUGCGCAUACAAGAGUCUUAACACACCAAAUGUGCGUGAUGCAGUCAAGCUACACUGAUACUAAAUUGUAGUGCAAUAUUUCUACAUUAAAAUGUCAAGUUUUUUCAAGAGCGCAUUUUGCAAUAAACUGCCAUGCGAACAAC